AUGACGACGUCAGCGCUGCGACGACAGGUGAAGAACAUUGUGCACAACUACUCGGAGGCAGAGAUCAAGGUACGUGAGGCCACCAGCAAUGACCCCUGGGGUCCACCUAGCUCGCUCAUGUCCGAGAUUGCCGAUCUGACCUUCAACACGGUGGCGUUUGCCGAGGUCAUGGGCAUGCUGUGGCGGCGGCUCAAUGACAGUGGCAAGAACUGGCGGCAUGUCUACAAGGCGCUGACACUACUGGACUACCUGCUCAAGACAGGCUCUGAGCGGGUGGCCCACCAGUGCCGGGAGAACCUCUACACCAUCCAGACACUCAAAGACUUCCAGUACCUCGACCGCGAUGGCAAAGACCAGGGCGUGAACGUGCGCGAGAAGGUCAAGCAGGUCAUGGCCCUGCUCAAGGACGAAGAGCGCCUUCGGCAGGAGCGCACCCAUGCCCUCAAGACCAAGGAGCGCAUGGCAUUGGAGGGCACAGGCAUCAGCAGUGGGCAACUGGGCUUCAGCCGCACCCGUGGUUCCCCGUCCUCCUACAACUCCUCCUCCUCAUCCCCCCGCUACACCUCAGACCUGGAGCAGGCCCGGCCUCAGACAUCGGGAGAAGAGGAGCUGCAGCUACAGCUAGCCUUGGCCAUGAGCCGCGAAGAGGCUGAGAAGCCGGUUCCCCCAACCUCCCACAGGGACGAGGACUUGCAACUGCAGCUGGCUCUGCACCUGAGCCGGCAGGAGCAGGAGAAGGAGGUGAGGUCCUGGCAGGCAGAUGACUCACCUGUGGCCAGUGGUGCAGGAGCUGGAGCCCAUCGUCGUUGGGACAGAGAGCCUGAAAGAGGAGAGAGAGAGGAGGAGGAGAAGUUGAAAACCAGCCAGUCCUCCAUCCUCGACUUGGUGGACAUCUUCGCAUCAGCUUCAACCCUGCCUUCCACACACUGCUCUGCUGACCCAUGGGACAUCCCAGGUCUCAGGCCUAACAUAGAGCCCAGUGGCUCAUCAUGGGGGCCUUCGGCAGACCCCUGGUCUCCAGUUCCCUCAGGAAGUAUGUCCCAAAGUCAGCCCUGGAACUUGCCCCCUGUGCUCUCCUCCUCCGAGCCCUGGGGCCGGACCCCAGUGCUGCCUUCUGGACCACCCACCACAGACUUCUGGGCACAGAACUCCCCCCACCACAAACUCCCCAACAAUGGAGACAACCCCUGGGGGAACCUAGCAGAGAACUUCAACAUACCUGCGCUAAAAGAUGGUUCUUCGACCUUUGACCCAUUGGCCAAGCCUCCAGUAUCCACAGAGACCAAGGAAGGGCUGGAAUGCACCCAGGCUCUCCCCUCUGGGAAGCCCAGCAGUCCUGUGGAGCUGGACCUGUUUGGAGACCACACCCCCAGUGUAAAGCAAAAUGGCACAAAAGAGCCAGAUGCCUUUGACCUGGAUGUACGAGGGGAAGCACUAGCCGAGGCCAGCAGGGACACCCCAGCACGUCGGACACCUGAGUCCUUUCUGGGUCCCUCAGCCUCCUCCUUGGUCAACCUUGACUCAUUAGUCAAGGUGCCCCAGGCUGUAAAGACCCGGAACCCCUUCCUAACAGGUCUCAGCACUCCAUCCCCUACCAACCCGUUCGGCGGGGGCGAGCAAAGCAGGCGGACUCUGAAUCAGAUGCGCACAGGAUCGCCAGCGUUGAGCCUGACGGCCGGUGGGCCGAUCGGGGCGCCCUUUGGCUCCAUGACCUACAGUGCCUCCCUGCCCCUCCCGCUCAGCAGCGUGCCGGCCGCCGUGACCCUCCCUGCCUCGGUCAGCGUCUUCCCCCAAGCGCGCGCCUUCACGCCGCCGCCCUCCGGGAGCCUGCCGCAGCCUCUGCUGCCCACCUCGGGCUCCGCCGGACCGCUCAACCAGACCCCUCUGACCGAUACUAAUCCUUUCCUCUGA